AUGGACGGCUACGCCAAGAUCCGCGUUCUCGGUGAAGGCUCGUUCGGCCUCGUGUAUCUCAUGCGUGAGAAGGCCGAGCGCGGUGGACUCGUUUGCGUCAAAGACAUUCCGGUCCAGACCAAGACCGGCCUUGCCGACAGCAUUCAGGAGGCACGGCUCCUCGCUCGCCUCUCGCACCCCAACAUCGUCGCAUACAAAGAUGCGUUCGUUGCACGCAACCAACGCCACUACUACAUCGUCAUGCAGUAUUGCUCUGGCGUUUGCCUCGGGCUUCAUGCAAUGCACGCCCAGGGCAUCCUGCAUCGCGACAUCAAGAGCCACAACGUCUUCAUUUCCAACUCGGGCCAGUACAUCCUUGGGGACUUGGGCAUUUCCAGAGAGCUCACGGGCCGCAACAACAUGGCUUCCACCUUUGUCGGCACACCGUAUUUCUUGUCGCCCGAGCAGUGCGCGGGCGAGCGCUACACCUUCUCGGCCGAUGUCUGGGCGCUCGGCUGCCUCCUCUACGAGCUCUGCGCGCUCACGUAUCCCUUCACCGGAGCGACCACACCGGCGCUGCUGUCCAACAUUUGCAGCGGGUUCUACGCGCCCAUUCAUCGCGAGUACAGUUUUGGGCUGCAAAAACUCGUCCUGAAGAUGCUCGCCGUGUCGCCCAGCAGCCGACCAAACGUCGCGGAAGUACUUCAGAGCCCACUGCUGAGAGCGCCGCUACAGAGCUACCUCGCAGACCUGCGCAAAUGCGCUUCGAAAACCCACUUGGCAGCGAUAAGCGCCCAGCUCACAGCACUCGAGCUGUCCGACCUUUGGACCAAGGGCAAGUCGACGCACGGCGCCUUCCUCUCCAACACGACGACGACGCCGAUGCCGCAGUACGCUCACGUCGAGGUCGAUAUGGCGGACUGGCUCGAGAAGGAGCGCCAGCGACAUUUGCUGCAGAUUCUCGAGCAUAUCAAGGCUAGCCAAGUCCUCGCGCGCGCGCCACCUCUUCCUCCGCAACCCGUGUCGCCGCCACCACCAGUGAAGCGACUGCCAACCGUGCGCCCAUCGCCGGCGAUGGAUCCCGAGUGGCAACCGCCGGUGCAGGUCGCUCCGCACCCAACCGUCGGCAAGCGCCACGGACCACGGCACACAGGUGUCGUUGGUAGCUUCCGAAGAGGCGUGCCACUGACCAACGGCGCCAAGACGUACCUCGCCGCUGCGUGCAAAGAUGUGCGCGUUCUCCGAGCCCAAGCGUACCAAGACGCAGCGCGGGCGCGAGACGCAGCGUUCGCCGUCGCGACGGCCGCCGAGACGAAGGACGCGUGGGCGAUUCUCGCAGGCGAGUGCCACGCGCAGCUGGAGGCACUCCACAAAUAA